AUGGACGGAUCUCGCAUACACCCAGCAAACUUCCGUGAGAUCUAUACAAAAGCCUGCGACACCUUCACCCACAAGCUCCAAUGCCAAGUCUUCGUUCUCUUAAGCCCAUCCCCAAGCCCUGAUAUGGAAGAUAUCGCAACACGACUGGAGGAGCUCGGCGAGCGUAUCGUUCAGGUUGGAUUCAUGGGCCAGGUGGGCGAAUUCGGGGUCAGGAGUGAUAACCGCGUGCGUGCGCGGUGGGGUUCGCUUUCUAUUAAGGAGAUUUGCUUUGAGAUCAAGUGGGAAUUGGAUGUUCUUAAGGAGGAGCUUGCUUCUGGUGGUGAUUUGCUGAUAGUUGCUGAUUUACUAGUUGGGAUUUUGGAUGCGUUGCCUUUUUGA